AUGAAAGAGAAAAGGAAUAAAAAUGUGGCAGAGAUUGGCAAACAAAAUUCUUUUAUAACUGCACCAUGCCAAAUAAUCUCCAACACUUCUAUACUGCUAAAAAACUACCAUGACAACAGAAUGUUAGUUUUAGCUUUGGAAAAUGAAAAAUCCAAAGUGAAAAAAGCCCAAGAUACCAUCCUCCAACUUAGAAAAGAAUGUUACUACCUCACGUGUCAGCUAUAUGCAUUGAAAGAAAAACUGACUUCACAACAAACAGAAGAAACUUCUCAGAACCAGGAAAUAUGUCCCUCUGGAAUGAACUCCAAUAGUGACAACAACUCUGGGAAUUUAUUUGUGAAGGAUAUAACACAAGUUCCUCUUCAGGAAGCUCACCUUCCAAGACAAGGAGAAUCAUUCCAAAUAGAAGAGCAAAUACCUAUUUCUCAAGAUAGACUGGGAUUUGAUUUGGAUUCAGAUGAAGUACCUAAAACUCACUGCUCACUUCAUUUUAGCCUGAAGGAUAUCACCAAUGUCCCCUUGUAUCCUGUAGUGAAAAUCAGUAAACUUUCUUGUUCUCCAAAAAAGAAAGAAAACCCAGCAGUGUCUCUGCCUAAGCACAGGUGUGCAGUCAGUAUGAAUUACAAGGAACACACACUCGCUUCAAAAUGGAGAAGAGGUAUCAUUUUACAUAUUUAUGUUUCUUGA